AUGAGUGUUAGUGGAAGACAAAAACAGCGUUCAGGUAGCUCUUUUGUAUCAGUUCGUUAUAUACCAACCGACGAAGAAGAAGAGCAACAUCGUGAAACUGAAACACAAAAUUUACGAGUCUCCUUACAUGAAAUAAAAAAUAUUGAAACAAUUCUCAAUCUGGUGGAGAAUUUUAAUCGACAUUUACAUUUAACAUUAAUGGUUGAUCGAUUUCAUUCCAGUCGCGAAGAAUAUUAUUUAGCAUUUUCACAAGCUUUAAGAGAUAUUCUUGCUAAAAAUUGGAUUCGUACACAACAAUUUUAUCAAAUGACAGGUGGCAAACGAGUAUAUUAUCUUAGUUUAGAGUUUUACAUUGGACGAUAUAUGAGAAAUACAUUGAUUAAUCUUGAUAUUAAUGAAGAAAUGACACAAGCAGCUGAAACACUCAAUAUCAAGCUAGAUGAUAUUGAAGAACUUGAAGAUGAUGCUGCAUUAGGUAAUGGUGGUCUUGGCCGUUUAGCAGCUUGUUUUCUUGAUUCAAUGGCUACACUUGGUAUUCCAUCCUAUGGUUAUGGGUUAAGAUAUCAAUUUGGAAUAUUCAAACAGCAGAUUGUAGAUGGUUGGCAAGUAGAAGUACCAGAUGAUUGGCUUCGACAACCAAUGCCUUGGGAAAUUCGACGAGUUCAAAAUGAAAUUCAUAUUCAUUUUUAUGGAAAAGUAAUUUGGCAUGAAUCUACUAAUCAUUUUCAAUGGACUGAUUAUGAAACUGUGAUUGCUCAAGGUAUUACUUGUGUACUCUAUCCAAAUGAUAAUAUUGCUGAAGGACGGGAAUUACGUUUAAAACAAGAAUACUUUUUGAUUGCAGCUAGUCUGCAUGAUAUUUUACGUCGAUUCAAAGGUGAAAAACGUUGGCAAAAACCGUCAAAUCAAGAGACAAAAAACAAUACUUUACAAUUACCAGGAACUAAAUCUAAUGAACCAUCAGCUGAAUCUGUAUCUGUUGAUUUUAAAUGUAUGCCUGAUAUGGUAGCAAUUCAAUUAAAUGAUACUCAUCCAUCAUUAGCUAUACCUGAAAUGAUGCGUCUUCUUCUUGAUUAUGAACAUCUAUCAUGGGAUGAUGCAUGGUACAUAACGGUCCAUUGCUUUGCAUACACAAAUCAUACAUUAAUGCCUGAAGCUAUCGAACGAUGGCCAGUUCAAAUAAUUGAAAAACUACUUCCACGUCAUCUACAAAUAAUCUAUGAAAUUAAUGUACGACAUUUAAAAAAUGUGCGAGAUCAUUUUCCGUUUGAUGAAGAUCGUGUUCGACGUAUGUCUAUUAUCGAAGAAGGACCGAUUCAAUUAAUAAAUAUGGCUUAUCUAUCUAUAAUUGGUUCUCAUACUGUCAAUGGUGUUGCACAAAUACAUUCGAAACUUUUACGUGAAUAUAUGUUUAAAGAUUUCUAUGAAUUAACACCAGAAAAAUUUCAAAAUAAAACUAAUGGUGUUACGUUUCGUCGAUGGCUUGCUCUUUGUAAUCCUGAUCUAUUUUCUUUAAUUGUCGAAUGCAUAGGUGAACAAUUUAUUCGAAAUGAUUAUCAAUCACUUCAAUUGUUUCAUCGUUAUGCUUCGGAUAAAAAUAUUCUUUCACGUAUUCAACAGAUCAAAAUCAAAAAUAAAUUACGAUUAGCUCGUAUGCUUGAAGAUGAAUAUCAUAUUGAUAUUAAUGUGGAAUCCAUAUUUGACGUACAAAUAAAACGAAUCCAUGAAUAUAAACGAGCAUUGCUGUGUUUGCUUCAUGCUAUCACAUUGUACAAUCGACUUAAAAAUGAUCGUGGAGAAAAUAAACAAUCAUCAUUUGUACCACGAACAAUUAUUAUUGGUGGCAAAGCUGCUCCUGGUUAUGCAAUUGCAAAAAAAAUUAUCAAACUAAUUAAUGAUAUUGCAUUGGUCAUCAAUAGUGAUCCACAUAUUGGCAAUCGAUUGAAGUUAUUAUUUGUAAAAAAUUACCGAGUAACAGCAGCAGAAUAUAUCAUUCCAGCAGCUGAUCUUUCCGAACAAAUAUCACUAGCUGGAACAGAAGCGAGUGGUACCGGUAAUAUGAAAUUUAUGCUCAAUGGAGCAUUAACUAUAGGAACAUUAGAUGGAGCAAAUAUUGAAAUGCGUGAAGAAUGUGGGCCUGAAAAUAUGUAUACAUUUGGAUUUACCGUUGAAGAUGUACAACGACGACGACAGCAAGGUUAUGAUCCGUAUGAAAGUUUAAAAAAUGAAGAAUUACGUCUUGCUAUCGAUCAAAUACGUGAUGGGUAUUUUUCGCCUGAUGAUCGAUCACGAUUUCAUGAUAUUGUUGGUGCAUUAUUAAUUGGUGGAGAUCAUUGGAUGGUAUUAGGUGAUUAUCAAGCUUAUGUUGAUAAACAAUCGGAAGUAUCACGAGAUUUUCUUAAUCCUCAAAUAUGGUACUCGAAAUGUAUUCAUAAUAUUGCAGCAGCUGCGAAAUUUUCAUCGGAUCGAACAAUUGAAGAAUAUGUAAACGAUAUUUGGCAUUGUCAAAUGCAUAAAAAUGGAAGGCCAGAUAAUAUCAAGGAAGAAAAUUCGGCUAUCACUUCAUAA